UUCGCAGCUCGUGGUCUUUAAGUAGUUUCUUUGUCAGUUUUAUAAAUUUGACUAUUCAUUUUGCCGCUGCAUCGUCAGUCUGGCGUGGACACUGUGUGUGUUUGAACCUUUUUGAAUUAUUAACACUGAUGUUGCAUUGCCGUUAUUGGCAGCUGUGCGAGAAUAAACGAACCCGAUAGGCUCAAACCAGUACAGCAUGGAGCAUCGCAGACAGGCCAAGGGGUCUAACCCGUCUCGGGAGUUCAGACGUGGACAGAACCACAUGGCAGCACCCCAGAAAGACGCCUACUCCAGGCUGCUAAGCCAGCACCACAGCAGCAAGUUCCGUUCCUACCUCAACCAGUUUGCCCAGCAGCAGCAACAGAUAGAGGAAAGCCAUGGGCCAGCUGUUUCGGACCCCAUCCCAGACACCUCGGAAGCUCGUUCACGGAAAGGGGAAAACGAGAUGAGGGAGACUGGGGGUAGGAAUGGGUACUCUGCCUCCCCAAAUAAGGGGGUGCAAGCCGAGAGCACCCUUUCCCUGUAUAUGGAGAAACUGAAUGAACGUGGGGAAGCUGGGGAGACCCUGGGGGUACAGCAGAGCAUGGCUGUCAGGCAGAGGCACAGCAAAAGGAAGGAUACCAACACUAGCCAGGACGGAGAUGUGGAAUCUGGGGGCGAGGGAAAACAGACAGGCUCAGAGACUCAGCAGCACGAUGCUUCUUCAUUCAGGGGGCCUUCUGUGGAAAUACCCAGUCUGCUGGAAACCUCUGUGAACAAAGGGAUGGCCCAUUCUCCAAGACAAGGCGCUGUUUUCCCAAAGCACAGCAGCGACGGGGGCCCUGAGAGUGUGCAGGAGCAGGACAAGAAGAAAAAACUGAAGAAGACGCAGAAGAAAGGGCGUCGUGACGUGAGGCGGGACGGGUCUGAAUAUUCGGAUGGGGAUUUGGUGCCUGCAGGGCAGGUUCCACGUAGCGCUGAGAAGCAGUCUCUCUCUGAUAGAAUGACUGCAGGCCAGUCCCCAGGUAGAGGCUCCGGUUCUAAUGUGACUCCCAAUGACAAUGGUAGACACAGGAACAAUCCAGGCAGAGGAAGGAAGAGGCAAGUGUUUGAACCUUACAUGGCACCUCAGGAUGUGUCCGCAGGACUGAAGAGAUCGGAGCUUCUUCAGGGUCCAUUGAGAAUUAACCCCAAAAAGUACCACGAGGCCUUCCUUCCUUCUCCUGAUGGGCUCCGGGAUAUCUUCAUUGACGGGAUUGUGCCUCGGAACAGAGCUCUGAACGGCGACGUGGUCGUGGUCAAACUCCUCCCCAGAGAGCAGUGGAAGGUUAUUAAGCCUGAUAAGGAGGGUGACUCUGAUGCCCCAGGUGGCCCCAGUGAGCGGGCGGGCAGUGCAGCUCCAGGCAUCAUUACAGUAGAAGGAGGCAGUCCAGAUCUCAUCAUUGACGCACAGUUUGACAAUGACAAGGAUGGGCCGGGAUCCAGUCUGCUUCAUAGCAGCGUGAAGAAGUUAAACCUCAAUACAGCAGGUUCAGCUUGUCCUGAAAAUGGUGCAACCCCGACUUCAAAGCCUGGCGCAAUCGAUCCCAGAAAUCUUGCUGAUAAGUUUCUUCAAAGGACUGCAAAAGUGGUGUGUAUUGCAGAGAAGAAACACUCUCGAGCUGUGACUGGGUUCCUAAAGUUGCUGCCUGACAAGGAGUUCGCCAUGUUCUCUCCGGUGGACCACAGAGUGCCGCGGGUGAACGUGCCGCUGCAAGACUGCCCUGAGAACUUCAGCGCCCGCGCUGCCGACUAUGCCAACACCCUGUUCGUCUGCCGCAUCACGGAGUGGCGCGACGACAGCAAUUUUGCAGAAGGGCGGCUUGCUAAAAGCCUUGGGCAGGCAGGAGAGAUUGAACCCGAGACGGAAGGCAUUCUGACGGAGUAUGAUGUGGAUUUCUCAGAGUUUUCCAAAGAGGUUCUAGGUUGUCUUCCACAGUCUCUUCCCUGGACGAUCCCUGCAGAAGAAUUCAAAAGGAGAAAAGAUUUAAGGAAUGCAUGCAUAUUCACUAUUGACCCAGCCACUGCCAGAGAUCUGGAUGAUGCCUUGUCCUGCAAACCUCUCCCAGAUGGAAACUUUGAAGUUGGAGUUCAUAUUGCAGAUGUCAGCUAUUUUGUGGAAGAAGGAGAUGCCCUGGAUUCCACUGCCAGCAGAAGAGCCACCAGUGUCUACCUGGUGCAAAAGGUGAUCCCCAUGCUGCCCAGGCUCCUGUGUGAAGAGUUAUGCAGUCUGAACCCCAUGACUGACCGGCUGACGUUCUCUGUGAUCUGGAAACUCACUCCACAGGGGAAGAUCCUAGACGAAUGGUUUGGGCGCACAGUCAUCCGCUCGUGUGUGAAGCUGAGUUACGACCACGCUCAGAGCAUGAUCGAAGCCCCGGAGAAGCUCUUCUCUGCGGAGGAGCUGCCCCCGUUCUCCCCGGAGCACCCCGUGGAUGAGAUCCACCAGGCCGUGCUAAACCUGCACAGCAUCGCCAAGCAGCUCCGUAAGCAGCGCUUCGAGGGAGGAGCCCUGCGGCUGGACCAGUUGAAAUUAUCCUUCACUUUGGAUCGGGGGAGUGGGAUGCCCCAAGGGUGCUAUAUCUACAAGUACAGAGACAGCAACAAGUUGGUGGAGGAGUUCAUGCUGCUUGCGAACAUGGCCACGGCCCAUCAGAUCUACCGGUCCUUCCCGGACCAGGCGCUGCUGCGGUGCCACCCGCCGCCCCAGACCAAGAUGGUGGACGACCUGCUGGAGUUCUGUGACCAGAUGGGGCUGAAGCUGGACUUCAGCUCUGCAGGAGCUCUCAAUAGAAGCUUGAAUGACGAGUUGGGCGUGGAUGAAUACAGCAGUGCCAGAAAGGAGGUCCUGACUCACAUGUGCUCUCGCCCAAUGCAGAUGGCUGUGUAUUUCUGUACUGGGGUCCUGAAGGCGGAGGCCCUAUUCCGACACUACGCUCUGAACGUUCCCUUCUACACCCACUUCACCUCCCCGAUCAGGCGCUACGCUGACAUCAUCGUGCACAGACUGCUGGCUGCCUCGCUGGGCUGUGGGCCCCGGGUGAGCUUGUGUCAGAGUGACGUGCAGAAGCAGGCGUCCCAUUGCAACGACAAGAAGAUGGCCUCCAAGCGAGUGCAGGAGCUGAGCGCGGACCUCUUCUUCGCUGUCCUUGUCAAGGAGUCUGGCCCCCUGGAGUCUGAAGCCAUGGUGAUGGGAGUCCUGGACCAGUCCUUCGACGUGCUGGUGCUGAGAUACGGUGUGCAGAAGCGCAUUUACUGCAAUGCUCUCCCACUCCGGGAUUUCCAUUUCCGUAAAGUGGGAAAGAAGCCAGAGAUGACGUUGAUCUGGGCAGCGGAGUCUGAGGCGGAGGCACCAGUACAGCAGGAGCUCUCGAUUUUCACGCUGGUGGAUGUGGUGUUGAAGGCUGAAGGCCCCAUGAAAUACAGCGCCAUUCUGAAACGGCCGAGUGAGAUGAUGCCAUUCUGAAACGACCGAGUGAGAUGAUGUCAUUCUGAAACGGCCGAGUGAGAUGAUGUCAUGAAAUCCAGAGAAGGAAAAUACCACGGCCUCCCCUGACGAGUUUCCAAAAGUUGCUUUGAAAAGAAAAAGGUCAAAAAUGGGAUGAUGCACUCAUUGUGUUUUAAAUAACUGUUUUUAAAGUGUUUUGGUGCAUCGCACCUGUACAGUACCUUUUUUUUUUUUUUUUUUUUAAUGUUCUUAAGCUACGUUUUUAACAGCAUCAUCCACAGUGGCAGGAGAACUGAAACAAAUGAGUGUUUACAGGUCAAUGCAACCUUUCAUUCACUGAAGACAGCUGCCAAACCCUUACAGUGCAGGACACACAGUACCAGCUCUUGGAGGACAUGGGUUCUGUGCUGGCUAGGCUAACAUUGUGCUAAUACCUAUUGUAUGAUUUUGUAUUUACAUUUUUAAAUGCUGUAAUUAAAUUCGGGGUGCUUCUUUAUUUUUAGGGAAUACAUUUCUACUCUAAUAGAAAACACACCUUAGUUUUGCACCGUAAACAGUUUGUGUUUUCCCUUUGGCAUUGGAGCUUUAUAACCAUUUGUGUGUCUCCAGUCUCCAACUUUGCCAGAUGUAACAAUGUGUUUCGUCUCUCCAGCUUCCCGUUCUCUCAUCAGCCUGGGUGGCAAGUGGAGGGGGGGGGGGGGUUCUCUCCCUUUAUUUCGUGUUUACGUACGUUACUGAAUUCCAGGUGUAUGCGCUAUUGAGAUACGACUUUAAAGAACAAUUGGGUUUUGUGGGUUUUUUCAUGUUGCACUGUGAGUGAAAUUAGAUCUGAACCAAAUUAAGAUAAUAACCGCUAUAACCACUAAGCCACCUAACUAACGUCUCUCUGGGAUUCAAGAGCAGCUGCUGUAUUUGAAUAGCACGUUUGUUAGCCCUCAAGUCAAAAGCCAUUUAAUAUGAAACGCAAAUGCAUUUUUUUUUUUUUUUUUUUUUUUAUAAUUAUUAUGGGUUUGAUAUUCCUUCAACAAUUUCAUUAAAUGUAAUUGCUAGGUGCAGAAAAAUGAAAUGUGACCUUAAUAGUCUUUUUUAAAAAUUACUUUGUGAUUCAAAAUGUGGUGCUAGAGGAAUGAGCUCAUUAAAAUUACAUUUUGACAUUUAAUGUCAGGUUAGUUUUUUUUUAUAUAUAAUAAAUGAAACUUUUUGAGAAGGUUGCAUUUACAAUUAUUUAAUUAAAAUAUUCUGGCAGGUGGCAAAGCAAUGUUUUCACCAAGAAAAACUUGCUUUAAAAUACGUAUGUUACUCCUUAUUCAGAACAGCUUGUCUGACUGUAUGAAAUGCCGAUUUUAAGAAUGCUAAACAUCAGCUGUAACGAUUGGAAAGAAUGGGCAGUUUUUCGACAACAGCAGAUCUUGCAAACUGCCACAUAGCUAUGCCACAUUUAAGCUUCUGUUUACCUCUGCGUGUGAAGCUAUCGUGUGGUUUUCCAGCUUUUCUGCUUUUGCAACCUGCAUUGCCGUCUACCGACCAAGUGACAAACGAAGCACGACCAAAACUUUAAAUCCAGAUCCCACUGUAACCACUGCCACGCCAUGAGGCUGAGUGCAGGACUCCACGCAAAAGCUCAGUUGCCUUUGUUUACAGUUUGCUGCUUAUUACACCCUGUGCCAUGACAUUCUCAGCAUACUGAUCGUUUUCAGUGCUUCUGCUCAACGUUGUGUACAAUGAGGGUCCUAAAUGGUUCUUGACCACUGUGUUGUGGGCACCAAGGUAACUUCUAAUAAUGGUGUUAAAGUAGUGCUGUCCGAUGGUUUAAAAUGUAUAUACUAAAUCUGAGGUUUAUUAACGUGCCCCUUUUAUUGUGCUGGAAAUCUUUUGAAUUCUUUUGUGUUCUGUUGUUCAGGAUGUGCAGAUAUUUCAAAUAGAACACUAUAGAAAACCCUCCUGCAUUCUGGUACCUGUGCUGUUGAUCACAUGGUCUGUGAUUGUAGCAAGGCCAUUGGAGAGAAUCUGAACAACAAAUGAAGCGAUUGGGAACCAGGAUACAGGAUGCAUUAACAGCAUAAACCAAGCAAAAAAAAAAAAAAAAAAAAAACAGAAGAUUUUCACCUGACAAAAAGUGGGAUCCAUGAUGAUGAUAUUGCAAGGACUUCCAAAAGGGAAGAACAUGGAUUUGGCUUGGCUAGCACUACUUGUAAUUGAUAAUGUCCAACUCGCUUUCUGGUGUAAACUGUGUGUAUAUGUACUCAAAACACGGGAUAUUUAUUGUAUGUUGUUGUUGUUGUUGUUGUUAUUAGAACAUUAAUAGACAUUAAACCAAAAAAAGUGAAAAAAACUGCAGUGGUACUUGUGAUAAGGCAUUAUCGUUCUGAUGUGAUUGUAAAUGUAAUGUACAUUUCUGUUACCAGGCAAGUUAGUGUUUAUCAGCUGAUCAAUGUCACCCAAUAAACAACUUGGAAAUGCUGCUCUGAA